AUGCUAUACCUCCAGGGAAAGUUCAGAGCCUUCCAGGAGGCUCUGCAGAACGACGUGCCCCCCCUACCGACAGAGCCGCUGGCCGCCUCGCUCCUGAAGGCGGUGGCUAAGGCCAACGCUGCCAUCGGUGGACACGCCGAAGCAUCCCUCUUCUUGUCUUCGACGGGAGGAGCGGGGGGGACGGGAAGCGAAGUGGCGGGGGGUCGCCAUGGGGGGGGCGACGGCGACUCGGAGGCGGCUCGAGAGGACUCCACCGCCGGCCUGGAGGCCGCCCUGCGAGAGGCCGUCGAGGUGGCCGUAAAAGCGACCUGCGCUUCCUCCGCCACCUCGCCGUCAUCGCUGCUGCCCCCGAUACCGGCGGCGGCCGGGACCGAGGCUGCGGGUCUAGGCGUUGCCUUGCUAGCCGCCGCGGCCGAGGAUGUGGCGGUUCAGGCGGCCUGCGCGCUCAUGGCCGCGAGGCUGGCUCAGGGCGAGCCCGCAAAGGCGCUCUCCGUGGGCGUGCGGGUACUGGCGAGCCGAAAGGCUACCAUUUCCGCCGCAGCCGCUGCUGCACAGGGUACGGCCGCGGACCCCGAUACUUCUGCAAGCAUCGCAUCCAACGGAGGCGGUGGCGGCGCCGCAGGCAGGGGGGGGCGCGGGCAGGGCGCGGGGGGCGGGGGGGAUAACGAGGAGAGGAUGAAGCAGGAGGAGAAGGAGGCGGCUAGAGACGUGUUUUGGGGGGUCGACGCGCUUCGAGAGGCGUUCGGCUCUGCGCUCAAGGGGCCGGGCGCUGGAGGGAAGCGCCUGCCGUUAUCGGAAGCUGCGCCUCGCCUCCUGCACCUGCUUCGGAUGUCCUGGCUGCUGGCCGUUGCUAACCUAGCCCUUGGCCGUGCCGCCGCGGCCUCGCGCCUCGUCUCCGUGGCGGAGCACGCGUACGGAGCACGCCGGUCUGCCUGGCGGAGAGCCAGUCUCCUCCUCUCCACACGACCCACCGGUGCCUCAGCCACCUACACCGCGCCGCCGCCCCCGGCACCCCUUCACCCUCUCGCCCCAGCCACGUCUAAGCAGGGCGGGGGUGGCAGCGCGAAUGGGACUCUGCGGGGUGGGGGCGGCGGGAGAGACCCUGCGUUAGCCAUGUGUCGGUUUUUGCGAGGACUCGGGUCCUUGGCGCAGGGGGAUCUGGAGGCUGCCGCGGGGCGGUUGGAGGAGAGCUUGGACCUGGACCCGCGGAACCGCCACGCCACGGUCUGCCUCGCCCACAUCUCCUGCUUCGCCUCCGCCUCGCCGGCGACGACGACAACAAGCCUCGGGUGGGAACCUUCCGACGAACGGACCCACGAGCUGCUCCGAGUCCUCUCGCUCGGCAGCUCGGCCCACUUCGACUCCAUCGAACAAGAAAUCCUCUUGCGGGGAGGAGGAGGAGCAGCAGCGGCAGCAGCAGCAGCACCACCACCGGAAGGGGAAGCGGGGAGGUGCAUGUGGAGGGCGGGCGGGGGCGGGGGCGGGGUCGAGGCGUGGGUCUUGCUGGCGUGCGCUGCGAGGGCGACAGGGAACGCCGGAGAGGCGGUGUCCAUGUUCCGGCGGGCGCUGGCGCUUGACCCCCAGUGCUUGGAAGCGGUGUACGGCGUCGCUCGUGUCCUGCAAGAGUCGGGGGACCACGCCGCCUCCCGCGAGCUCCUCCUCUUCCUCGGGGAACGUUCCCAAGAACUUUCAGGAGGUUCUUCGCCUUCCUCGAACGGCGCCACCUCAGCCGUCCACCAAGGGAGACGUAGCAGCAGUCGGUCGUCGUCCCACCAACACCGGCUGUGCUUCCCGCUGGAGGCAACGAGGCAGGGUUUCCAACCGAGCGGCGGCGGCGGCGGCGGCGCCUCCGGCGCCCUCGUGGUGCUACCGGUGGCGCCGGCGGAGGUGAUGUGGCGAGUGGCGAGAGCGUCCAUGGCAGCGAAGGACUGGCCCACCGCUAUCCUUGCGCUGGAGGGGCUUGUUGCCGCUGAGGCGACGGCGGACGGGGUAGCAUCAUCCCGGGAGGGACUGGCGUACUACUUCGCCUCCUUCGCGAAGGACGGGGGCGCCCGAGCGUCGCGCCGCGGCCCCGGGAGAGCGAGAGUCUUGCGCGCGCUCGCCUUCAGCCAGAUCCAGAGAGGGCUGUAUCGCGAUGCCCUUGAGACGGUGAGGAUGGUGCUGGGGGAUGGGUCCAGCGGCGGCGGCGGCGGCGGCGGCGGCGGUAGCGGUAGCGGCGGUGGAAGCGGAGAGGAGGAGGAUGCUGCGAUGCUGAUGCUGCGAGCGGAUGCCUUGGUGGCGACGGCUUGUGCCUCGAGGAGGGAAGAGCUUUCCCUGCAAUCCGAUGCCGCGAACAAGGCGAAGAAGACAAGUGGACACGGAGGUUCUUCCUCUGCAGCAGCCGCGGUGACUUCGCACGUGACGGAAGGAUCAGGAGGCGACCCCCUGUCGCUUCCACAAAUACAGGUGUGCCUCCUAGACAUUCGGUGCCUGACCUGGUGGCUCGACAACAACUUUAGGGGUGGACGACGGGGAGCAGGCGCUAGGGCCGGCCGCAGCAGCGGCCGGUGGAAAUCACAGCUCUCGCGGCGGCCUGCGUUCCCGCCUGCGGUAAACCUCGUGCAGGGUGGGGGUCUUCCAAACGCCGAGCGAGGAUGAAUCGCAAUGUAGCCUCUCGGUGUUUUCAGUAGACAAAACUGUUGGGGUGUAGCUGUAUGGGGGCUUGGCUUUGGCGAUACCUUCCUAGACGCACGUGUUGCUGCUUGGGAUGGACGGAGAAGAGGUUUGCUGUCGAAGGUCGUUGAUUUCGGGGUACACCGCCGUCUCGGACCGUGUGCGGAGGGCAGGCAACGAGAAGGCCGUGUUUCUAGCUUGGGUGCGGGGGAGGAGAUAAGUCCCUGUCCAAGAUAGGCUGCGAGCAACGAGUGGACCCUCUGUGACAUGUAACAGAGGAUAUGGCACCGAACCAACGCGACAACAGAAAACAUAGACUUGUUUUCGAAACCAGAGAACGCUUUUAUUUGAAACUAUUCAACACGCCUUACUGUAUUUUGUGCAAGACCCCGAAAGG